AUGGACAUGAAGUUGAAGAAAAGCAAAGAAGACGAAGAAUCUGUGGAGAAAUUCGCAAUGGCGAAUUGUGUGGAUAUAAUGAGGAGGAACGAGUCGUUAGGACGACCUAAACUCUUCAAGUGCAAGAAAUGUAAGAAACGAUUUGAAUCAUUUCAAGCACUUGGCGGGCACAUGACAAGUCACAAAAAUAGGCUGAAUAAGCUUACCACGAUGAGUACUAACGGUGAAUUAUUGCCUGUUAAUCUAAAAAAACAUGAAUGCUCCAUUUGUGGUAAAGAUUUUGCAAUUGGACAAGCGUUGGGAGGACAUAUGAGAAAACAUCGAGAUGAAUUGAAUCAACUCGAGCAUAAGAAGAAGCAGAAAUUGGACGAAAAUUUGAUCAAGAGUACUGGUGAACUUUCAGAAGCUCUUUACGACAAGACGAAAUUGGACGAGACUUCACAAACUGAUGAACUUGUAAAAGCUCUUCAUGAAAAGACGAGUUUGGAUAGUACUAGAAGAACUUUGACUUUGGAUUUGAAUUUGACAACAGAUGAGAAUGAGUUGAGCACGGGGUAA